AUGAAGACUCUCGUGAAAUCCACGCUGACGAAGGUGCUGCUGGCGUCCGCGCUGGCAGCCCUGCUCUCGACGGCGGAAGGGAGCGCGAAGGCCAGCUACGGCCACGUCGGAGGACUCGGUGGAUUUGGAGGCAUUGGGCUCGGUGGAUUUGGUGGACUUGGAGGCGGUGGAUAUGGUGGAUAUGGUGGACUUGGAGGCGGUGGAUAUGGUGGAUACGGAGGCUAUGGUGGAUUCGGUGGGCUAGGUGGAUUCGGUGGACUUGGCGGACUAGGUGGUUUUGGUGGAUUAGGUGGAUAUGGAAGCUACGGAGACUAUGGAAGUGUUUCUCAUAGUUAUGGAUCUUAUAACUCUUAUGGCAAAUGA